AGCCCGGCGGGGGGGGGGGGGAACUUGCUUAACGUAAGAGCCACGUGCAAUAGAUGCCUGCCUCUCUAGGAUGCAGCUGCUCUCUGAUGUGCACGUGGGCCUCCCCCUGCCAGCCGUGCCAGAUCAACUGGCUCUCCUCUCUGGCUCCUACCGCUAUUACCACUACGGCUGCGACGGCGUGGACGAUCGUGGUUGGGGCUGUGGCUACCGUACGUUCCAGACUGUGUGUUCUUGGCUAGCGGAGGCUGGCUCGGAAGAGGUUGUCGCCCGGCGCGUCCCUUCGCUGAGGGAGAUCCAGCAGGCCCUGGUGGAGAUGGGGGAUAAACCUCCUUCGUUCUCCGGCUCCCGGGAGUGGAUUGGCACCGUGGAAGCAGCCCUCUGCAUGGACCACUUCUAUGCUGUGCCGGGCAGGCUUGUCCACGUUCACCGGGGCAGAGACUUGGAAAAGGAACUGGAGUCCUUGUACGCUCACUUCCGGGGCGGUGGGGGUCCUGUGAUGGUGGGAGGAGACAGAGACCACUCCGCCAAGGCGCUGUUAGGCGUUUCCUCUGGCCCCCAAGGGCCCCAUCUGCUGGUUCUCGAUCCUCACUAUUUCGGCUCAGCAGGGUCCCUGACUCGGGCUCAGCUGCAAGCCAGGGGCUGGGUUUGUUGGCGGGCGCUUAGCUUCUUCGAAGGUGGCUCCUUCUACAACCUCUGCUUUCCCCAAGCCAGGAGCAGAGGGCACCCCGUGGGAAAGGGGUGAGGGCAGUGGCAGUGUCCUAUUCCUUUAAGGAGAUUGGGAACUGCCAGAGAUUGAGUCAUCCUUGGUUACAGAUGGUACAUUGUCAUCAGGUGUAAGCCACUUAACCAAUUUGUAAUGUGAUUGGCUAAGGAAUGCAGGAGCCAGUUACCAGUUCAAUGUGGGAUAGGAAAGAAGGAUACCAGCGUGGCAUACUGUUUGGAUGGAUAUUGAAUUGAUGACUUUGGACUGUGUUUUGACUAUUCUCUUGGACUCUGUAUUUGUACCUCUGCCUGGCUCUACUUGUGUGUAAGCGUAUGACUAUUGGACUGUCUAUUGACUCUGUUACCUGCCUGAACCCAAUACAGUUCGUUGAACCUGC